CCAUCAGAGGGAGAUGAAAACCAAUAAAACUUCAAGUUUUAGAAUUAUUAAGCGACAACUGAUUUGAAGUAAUACCUCGAUAGCAAUAAAUCUUACAUACCGGCUGAUUUUACGAGUGAUUAGUGAUAAUUUAAUUACAAUAAUUUAAACAUUAGAAAUAUUAUUUUACAAUAUCACAAAUAUGUUGAUCAAAGUGAAGACUCUUACAGGAAAAGAGAUUGAAAUAGACAUAGAACCUACUGACAAAGUAGAAAGAAUCAAAGAAAGAGUAGAAGAAAAAGAGGGAAUACCGCCACAACAGCAGCGGUUAAUAUUUUCUGGAAAACAGAUGAACGACGAAAAAACAGCACAGGAUUAUAAAGUACAAGGUGGAUCAGUGCUGCAUUUGGUACUUGCGUUAAGAGGGGGUUUAUAAUUACUAUAUUUUGUUCUUCAUAUGACUUUGUGAUUAAUAAAAGCAAAUGCACGAGGCUACUUGUAAGAAAAACAAUACAUCAACCUAUUAAAAGUUGCACUUACUCUAAUUAAAAAGUUCUUCGAGUAGAGCCUGCAACUUAAAAGUUAUUCAAAGAUUACAUUCACAAUAUAUGAAUAUUUAACAAUAUACCUUAGCUAUAAAUGAUGAGUUUGUAAUGUGACCAUUAAAAAUAUUUCUUAGCUUCUAAA